ACUAAACAAACAGGCUUACCCCCUGGCGGAACUUGAGAGGCCAUCUUGAUUACCAAUCUUCUCAACACCCUACCAAAUAUUACCACUCAGUCAAAGAAAGCAUACUGCACAAUGGCUCAAACACCCAGGACUUGGCUAAUUACCGGCUGCUCCAGCGGUUUCGGUGCUCUAUUCGUGCGCCAACUCUGCGAGCAGGGAGACAAUGUCAUUGCCACUGGUCGCGAUGCCGAAAAAAGACUUGCUCACCUCAAAGAUACUGGAGCGACAAUCUUGGACCUCGACGUGACAGCGCCACCGGACGUUAUUGCGGCUAAGAUGGCUGAUGCCUGGAAUUUGUAUCCAUCCGGUAUUGACGUAGUCGUGAAUAAUGCCGGCUAUGUUCUAAGUGGUGCCAUCGAAGAAUUGACACAGGAAGAUAUGGAAGAUGUCUUCAAGACUAAUUUCCACGGUCCACUGAACAUUACUCGCGCACUUCUGCCUCGAAUGCGGGCCAGAGGAACAGGCACGCUGCUAUACAUAAGCUCACAAGCAGCGUGGCAUGCCGAUCCCAGCGCUGCUGGGUAUUGCUCAUCCAAAUUCGCCCUUGGAGGUGCGAUCGAGUGUCUCGCUAAAGAACUUGCCAUUUUUGCCCCAGGAUUGAAGUUAUUGAUCGUCGAGCCUGGUUACUUCCGCACGAGUGCCUUCAAGAACAUAAGGAACGUAGACCCGCGCCAGCAAGACUACGCCGGCUUCAAUGCUACCGUGCGAGCCGCUGAAGCUGGCAUAGUCGGCAACGAGCCGGGAGAUCCUUCCAAGGCAGUUUCGAUCAUGAUUGAUUUGGUAAAAGGGACUGGCGUGGCGGCUGGAAAGACUGUACCACUUCGAGUUCCUUUAGGAACGGAUGGUUGGGAAAGGAUUAGGGCUAAAUGUGAGGAUAUGUUGAAGGUCUGUGAUGAAUGGGAGGAAGUGGCUAAGAGUACGGAUUUGAAAUAGUCGGUGUCGCAUCUAUAUAGUUUGCUGAAGGGUCGGGGGCAGUUUAACGGCUAAAUCGAGUAUUAAGUCGCCUUAUUUCUCACAUUGAUUACGCUAUGAGACUGUAUGUAGGCCACUUAGGUAAAGACCCUAGAUAUAAUUAGAAAUGUCGAAGGUGAAGGGUAG